AUGUUGCUGCUCGGGGCACUGGCCACGGUAUUUGGCCUGGCGCUGUCCCGAAGCCGGGAAGUAGCUGACCUCGCUAGCAGCAUUUUCGGGUCCUUCGUCGCUGUGACAGGCGACGCUCACCAGGCCAAAGUUGCACAGGACAUAUUCCGCCAGCAGGUUCGAUAUGAACGGUCCAUUCAGAUCAGGGAGGACAUGCGCGAUGUCAACAAACUGAUGAUGGAGAGUGUCCAGACUCAUGUUAUCAUGGGCAGCAUCAUCCUCGGGGUUUGUUGGACCAUGUGUAUUGAAGGCUUUCCGCCAGAAGAUGCUGAGCGUGCUGUGGUGGGUCUGUGGCUGGUAUUCACCUGCUGGUCUGUCACUUACACGCUCAUUGCUCUUUGGCUGGCGCUACGCUUUCAGAUGAAGAUGUCCUCUAGUGCUAGAGACCGGCUGCUCCGACGCCACCGGCUGAUGGUGCCUGAUGACCUUGUUGUUGGCCGCAUGGGUGGCCACAACGUGGUUAACCAAGUUGCAAACUUCCACAGCUGGAUGCUUACAGCCAUCAACAAUCUCACCUCCACAGAUGCCAACGUGGAAGAUGACAGUGCCAUCCGUGUCCGCGGUCGGCGCCAUCUAGGUCUUCGUGUGCAUGUGGAACCGAGAGAGGGUUCUGUUGACCUCGAGCCGCUGCGAAAGGGUAUGCACGCUUGGCUGCAUCCGGAAGGGGAUGGCUGGUCUCAUCACACGCUCCUGGACAUUCCUUUUUUCCUGAUAGGGGAGACUCUGAUCCGCAGCCCUUGGACUUUUAGUGGUGAGAGACCGUUGGCCUUUCGUGUCUAUGGCGAGGCCACUCUGUAUGUUGCAGCCCAAUGCCCACCGCUGCGUACGCAAAACAAGCAGAAAACCGAGCCGUCAACCAACAACCACGGCCUGAAGAAGGCGCUUUGGUUAGCAGGACAAGUCCCUGACUGGCCUGCAGACGAACUUCCGCUAGCAACGCAGGGCUUCCAUGAGGACUGGGCAGGCGAGAGUGGCUAUGGGGAGUUCCGACGCGUGGAGGGCUUCUCCAUGUACGUGGAUCGCAAUGACAUCGAAAUGCCGCUGUACAAGUUGGUUCUGGCGAAUCCAAUUAAGCACGGUAACUACGUAGACGUGGUCGUCAACUGGAACUUCAAAGCGGGCUGCGAAGCGUUGGUCGUGGUCGUGCGGAAAGGGCAGGUUCACUGUAAAGAGGAGGACUGGCCCCUGGCUGAGUUCAACACGGAGGUGAAGGAGGUCUUAAACCUUCGGCAUUACUCAGGGCUGUACCUGCGCCACGGGACCAGCUGUUUGGUCAUGGCCUGUUGCGUCCUGUACCUGGCCCGCAUGAGCGUCUUGCUUCAGACUGAAAGAUUCUGGUGGUACGAAACUACGCUGGUGGUGAUUGCCAUGGUGCCAUCGAUAUUUGCCAUACGCAUCAUGCCAUUGGAUGUCUGGGAGAAAGAGACGGUACUCAGCGAGGUUGGGCGUAACCAGUCGGCGAAGAAUCUGGACGAGGAUAGCAGAGACCCGGCAUUUGCUUUUACACCAUCCCCUGAAGCUGGCGAGUCUAACGCGGUGCUGCAGGGUCCCGCGAGGGUGCUGCUGCAACAGCGCGACGCAGAACAGGCCUUGCCAUCUCUGGCAGUUUCAAGCCCCAGCGAGCUGAGAGGAGCACAGGGUGCUGGCACCGCUGCUUCCAGGUCGCAGUCAGCUCCGGCUCGGACCAGGGAGGUGAGGUCUUUGGGCAUACGUGGGUGCUGCACAGACAUUCAAAGCCGCUUGGAAAACUGCCAAGUUGUGGCUCACGACAGCGAGCGGCAUACAAUUCGGAACCUGCGGCAGCAGGCGCCGCCACCGCCGCAGCCGCUCUCUGAUGCCGGCUUGUCCCCAGAUGCCGAGCUCACAACGCGCCAUCCUUCCCACCCCUCAAGGCUUCGAAUAGCCACGGAAGAGCUUGGUGCGAAGGAUGCAGCAGCCAAGGAAGAUCCUUUCCACUUGGAUGCCCAGGAGAAGGCGACUUCCAGCAAGCGAAGGUGCAGCUGGUUCAGAUCUUUGUGGCAAGUGCCGAAGACUGGACAAAAUCUUUACAUUGGCACCGUGUUGCUGGAAUUCCUGUUGGCGCUGUCAUCGGUAUCGGUGCUGAUCGCGAGGCUGCCGUACGGAUCUGAAUUGGAGACGUCCAAUUUGGAAUGGAGGCAGCUGCCCGUGUCCUGGCCUGCGCUUUUUCGACCGACCGCUGUGCUCAGUGAGGAUCUGCUGCACGUGGCAGCCGGUCCAGUUCUGCGUUCCUUCGCCAACGGGGGCAAUUGGGGGCAAAGGGGAGCGCCGGUCCUCCUGCCGAGUCACGCUAGAGGGCUCGGAGUCUGGGCAAACCAGUAUGUUGUUUUGGGCACCGAUGGGCUCCAUCUGUUCCAAGACACGGUCAUGACCCCGCAGUCGCAAACAGUGCGCGCGGAACCACUUGACCUCCUGGAGAUGCCAGGCAGCAUCAAUGGUACCUACAUCGCGUAUCCGUCCAAGAUGCCAGCAGCAACUGCCGGAACGGUUGCUGCGGUAUCCGGAAGUAAUUCUGUUAUGGCUGUUCUGCUGGUGGCUUCCGACGAAGUCCAGCUGUGCCGGAUGGCCAACCAGAGCGGGAUCAUCUCCUUGACCUUUGUAGCGAACCUCAAGCCAGUGGGCGAAUCCUUGAGCCAGAUCACGGGCCUCUAUAUGUGCCCGGAGGGGCAGUGUGCUUCUCAGGCUGUCUUGUGGGUGGCCAUGUCCAAGGGAAAGCUGGCAGCCAUUGGCUUCGCUACUGGCAAGGUGCUGGCCACAUUUCCAGCUUCUUCCAGUCCGUCGGUGGCUACAACCAUGCUCGUGUCUGGGAACAGCACUCACCUCAUUCUCGUGGCGGUCAGCGAGGGCGCCACACCCGCAGCCUUCUCCCUUCCCUACCCGUUUCUAGCAGAGGUCUAG